UUGGAACAUAUUAAUUAAUUAGUGCAUGGCCUUCUAAUAGGGCCUUUGAACUUUUGCUCGGACAUGGCCUUAUACAGGGGGUGGCCUUCUAAUAUAGGGUGGCCGUCUAUUUUGGGGGGGGGUUUACAAUCUGUUUUUGAUUGAUCCCGACAUCGUAUGUCACAGCCAGAACACAGAUAAACGGUUUUCAUAUCCGCAACCGUGUCGCAGGCAGAUGAACUUUGAACCCAAUUGCCUUCCACAUCCUUGUCUACAAAGUAAAGCAUAUGUUGUAAUGCUCUAGAGAUUAAAGAUUAGGAGCGUGGGUUUUAGAUAAUAGGCAUGUAGAUUACUUCAAUCUACGUCGAGGUAGGCCUUCCACAUAUAUAUCAGUAUUGUUUGGAUGUAUCUAAACUUACUCUUGAAUCGAGCUUUGUCAGAAGCAUCAGCGGGGCUAUUAUUUAAUAUUUGACCGAACUGGCGACGGGCGACGACACGAAAAGCUCCGGUUGUACUGUUACGUUCAUAAACAAUAGGUACUUCCGAUGUAACCACUAGUAAUUCUUUUUCAUCACUACAAAAUAUGCAAAGAAACGAAAUUAAAAUUAGCAUACGUUUUAAAUUAGAUUCAUUUCAUUGCUUCGCUCAGAAACAAACCUGUACUGUAAUGCGUAUGUCUAAUUACACAGCUCCUUGCCAGUGAAAGACUUGAUACGGUUUUUUUACAUUUAUCUUUUAUCAGGCGGUAUUCUCAUGAACUCUCUCUUAAGAAAAAAAAAUAAUCAAUAAAAAAUAUUACAUGACUUUUUUAUUCGUACUAGUUUCUGUUUGAACAUGAACGUAUUUUCUUCAAUCCUAAGUCUUAGGUUUUGAAAUAUUCUUGAGCCUGACACUGCUUGCCUAAAUUCUGUGAUGAAUUCUGUUGUCCUAAAAAUGUUUUUCUGGUCAAAAUUAGCUUUUGAGAUGGUAUGAGGUUAAGAAAGUGCAUGAAGGUGCGAAAAGUGAUUUAUCUUGUGCAUUUUCAUGUGAUCUGUCAAAAGCAAUCUUACGUGGUUGUCUGUCCUGUAAUUUCACUGUUCCAGUCCACAAUGUUCAAUGGAUAGCCAUUAGAAUGGAAGCUAUAAAAACAUUGACAAACGAUAAACGUUUAAUUAUAGCAAAAGUAGAUAAAGGUAACUCAAUAGUAGUCUUGAAUCGUGAAGAUUAUAUACAGAAAGGAAUGGUUAUUCUUGAUGACAGAUGGUCCUUUAAAUUGCUGAACGAAAAUCCAACUGAUGAGCGAGAGAAGAAGUUUAUAAAAUUCUUAUUAAAAUUAAAAAAGAAAAAUGCUAUUGAUAAGAAUGAGUAUAAACGCAUGAGACCUGAUGCAGGAUCUCGCACACCUGAAGCUUAUUUUCUCGUCAAAGUACAUAAGAAAAACCAGCCUCUUCGGCCUAUUAUCUCAAGUUAUGAUGCUUAUAAUUAUAAAACGGCGAAAUACAUUGCUGAUUUAUUGUCUCCAGCAAUGAAAGAAGGGCACUCGUUUAUUAAUGAUUCUUUUAAUUUCGUUAAUAAAAUUCAUGCUAAUAAGGAUAAGUCAGGUCUUAUGUUCUCACUUGAUGUUUCGUCUCUAUUUACAACUGUUCCAUUAGAAAAGUCAAUUGAUAUUGCCAUUAAAAAGGUAUCAUUCAACUUGGAAAAUAAAUGA